AUGGCCAAUGUUUCUUUGUGUUUUGGUCCAAACCCGUGUGUUAAACCUUUCAUAUUUGCAUGCAAAUCAACAUCUGCAUCGUAUGACACAGGCUCAAACUCAGGCUCAGGCUCAAACUCCAGUAAUACUAACUUUUACAAACUACUUUCAUUGAGUUCAAACAAAGUAGGAACCCAAGAGAUCAAAAGAGCUUAUAGAACACUUGCUCUCAAGUACCAUCCUGAUGUUUCACAUGAUCAAGACACCACCAAAAUGUUCAUUUUGUUGCAAACUGCUUACAAGACACUUGUUGAUCCAGUGUCACGUGAAGAGUACGAUUGUGCACUUGGGCGUGGAGAGCUUGGGCAUGUUUGCGUUGGUCGUAUGUCUAGUGAUCGUGGUGGAGAGUGUCGGAGGUGGGAGGGUCAGAUCGAUGAGCUCAAGAAACGCUCUAGUUUUCGUGCUGAGCGUAAAGAGGGAUCAUGGGGAAAUAGGGUAAGGUAUGCUAAUAGACCAAAUAAAGAAUAUUGA